CUCGCCCGCAGUCGCGCCUGAACUUUUGUCACCACAGAUUGCGCUGGACAGAACAGCACAUCAUCCUUUGCUUCUAGCAUCUCGAAAGGCGGCAUUGUGGUCGCAUCGACGGCAAGAUGAAUAUGCUCAAAGAUCCGGCGGCCGGCGUGCCUGCGCAACUGCUGCCUCAUCUACAUCUGCUGUCCAAGCAUCGUUAUCCAGUCACAAGCAAUCCGUCACUCGAGACCAUCGUUGGGUAUCUUCUGGAAGCCCCUAAGAUCGUGCGCGAAGUGCAACCGAUGCAAUGGCAAUUCAUUGAAACUCCUCAAGAUGGAACCCUCAUGCUCACAUGGCAACCACUCGACGUAAUGGCGACUACUUUCGCCAGCGAUGGAUACAUCUGGGCAGAUGCAGAACACAGGUUUACAUCGGAGGUUAGAGGAUAUACCCUCGAGAUCUUCGUCCAAAGAUCCGGUUAUCGAGCAGCGGGCGAAGCAAUGGCGUCUCACAGCAGAAAACGUUACCGACUACUCCCGGGAAAUCCCAGUCACGGACUACCAAACCCGGACCCUAGCUUGUGGCUCACGCACUACUCGAAAGCCUCCGCUCGAGACCACGUUCCUGCCGCGUCAAUCCCCAUUUCACCGUUUGUGCAGGCGCAAAUCCAGCAAAGAAGAUUGAUUCAGAGCCAAGGGCAAUUACCGCGGAAAGAGUUCAUGCUGCAUGAUCGAUCAAAUUGGCCCGUAAUACAUCUCCCCCCAGGAAUGGCAAGAACUGGUGCACCUGGUCAGAUGCCGCCAGGUGCAGGACAUAGAAGGGGUGCAAGCGUUACAGGGGAGACAACACUGGAGGAGGAGGAGGAUGUCUCCCGAGGAGAUUUGCUCGACUUUAUGACCCCUAGGGACAUCAGUCGCGUUCGCUACGAGCAGCAUCAUGAGUGGAUGGAGGAGAUCCUCGAGUCACCAUACCCUACGCUGUCUAUCAUACCAAGCGAUCUUGGACUGGGACGGAAAGGCCCAUUGGAAGAGUUGACAAAGGAUUUCUUCGAUGCUCCGGUAUCUGCGGUGCGGGAGCCUAACAGCGGACCGCCUCCUCGGGUCGGCAAACUACCACCAGGACAAGUGGAUGAGUUCACCAAACGAGCGACGAAGAAAUUGGCCGACAUGCAGGAAGAGCUGGAAAAGAUGAGAAAGCGCCACGCACGGAGAAUGCAGAAGAUCCAGCAAUCCACUAUGCUGGGCGUGGCUGAGAAAAAACUACGGACGGCCCCGAACGUCACAGAACGACGCGGCUCUUCGAACAGCAAGACUCAUGGGUUUGAGGAAGGUUCUCGUGACGCGGUUGAUGAGAUCGUCCAUUCCGUGGAGACAAGCACGGGAAUGAAGGUGAUGAGUGCUAAGACUGUCACUACGGUUUCCCGCGGUGGUCUGGAGGAGCGGGUCAAGAGCACGCCAGUCACGGCCACAGCUACUGUUCAGCCCCAAGCAACUCAAGAAAAGGCCGCGGUUCCACCAAUUUCCAGCCCUGCACCGCCGCAAGGCCCACAAGCACAACAGCAACCUGUACCUGCGGCAGAAGUAAGGCCCGAAGCGAAAGAGCUGGCUGCAGCAUCGACCGAGCAACAGCCCAGCGUGAGUGCUGGUGUAGAUUCUCGCUCUACGCCUUCCACUGCGCAGAAAGAUCAAGGCGGUGAGCAGAAUCAACAGGAUGAGGCCACCACCGAUCAAGCGGCUGACCUUCCUCAACUGGACGACAUUGGAAUGGAUGUCAAUAUGGGGGGUCUCGAAGACACUAUCCCAGCCGAGAUUGAGAAACAAGAAGGCAAUGAAUGGGUGAUGGUCGACCAAGAAGGCAGUGAAACCGGUGGUGGGAUGGGCACUGCAGACGUUCCGACCAAGGGCGACUCUCAUGGAGAGCAAGCUGCAUCCGGAGAGGAUAGUAACCCGCCGGCCCAGCCGACGGCGACCAAUGCUCAAGAGCAACAAGAGCAACAAGAGCAAACGCAAUCGGCCCCUCAAGGUACCGGGCUGAGCACGCCUGAUUUCGAUAUGGGUGGUGAUUUUGACAAUGUCGAUGUAGACACUGCUGGGGACGCGCUCGCGAGUUAUGGCGAUGAGGGUGAUGAUUUGAACCUGGAUAAUAUGGAGGACUCGGCGUUUGGAGAUGCUUUUCAUCCUCCUGAAGACGAGGACAUGUCGUGAGUUUAGGCACCUAGGUAGCUACGCGGGAUUGUGCAUGGUUGGGCUCGUCUCGGAACAUUCCUGCUCGUGAUUCUGGAUAAGGAUCAGACGCAACAUGAAUGUAACUAUAGUUAGGACAUCAUGCCAUCCUUGCGCAAGAGGGAAAGCGAUGUGUUCCGAUUGUAAGAAUAUCA